AUGUUGCGCUCGGCUCUUCGUCUGCACAAGUCCUUCGCCUCGCCGUUGGCGUCCUUCAGGGCAGCUGCCAGACUGCACACUGUUCCUCCAUUGCCAUACACCGUCGCCUCUGGUGUUAGUCCCCUGCUGUCCCCUGCAGCUCUGAAGAUCAUCUACUCGGACCACCAGACAGGCCUCGUUAACCGUCUGAACGAGCUGAUUGCAGGCACGCCAUAUGAGGAGAAAGCAUUCUACCAGGUCUUGAUGGAUAGUGCGUGCUCGCUCAACGAGGCCCAGAUCUUCAACAAUGCUUCGCAGGCAUGGAACAACGACUUUUUCUUGCGCUCUUUGAGCUCAACACCUAGCAGCAUUUCCGACGCACUUGCCAAGCGUCUUUCUGAUUCAUUCGGGAGUGUGGAUGUAUUUAAGAAGGAGUUCACGACCAAUGCGCUAGGAUUGUUCGGCUCAGGAUGGACAUGGUUAGUUGAGGACAAGGAUGGGCGUCUGGUCUUGCUGAACACAUACAACGCCGGAUCGCCCCAUCACCGACGCAGAAUGCAGCGCAACGAUGAAACAGCAACCGAUCAGGAUUUUGCUUCGCAGGUCCAGAACCCAUAUUCAGGCGCGUCUAAAUACUCUGCACCAGCAAAACUGAUGGCCAACAACAGCUACGUCCCUAUUCUUUGCAUCUCGAUGUGGGAGCACGCCUACAUUACGGAUUACGGCAUCACGCGGGAGGGUCGCCAGAAGUAUCUGGGCAACUUUUUUGAGACCGUCGAUUGGAGCGUAGUCGAGAACCGGGUUUUCCGCUCCGGCGGAUUUUAA